CCGCCAAAUUCCCGUGACGUCAGGGCAGGAAGUGUUUGAGGAAGUGGCUCUGGGCUGGCUGCGUGGGGACCCUAAGUUUUCAUGCCCUCUGUGGGUGUCGCUGGCGGCCCCGCGGCCCCUGGGGCAGAGUCAGCAGGGCAUCGAUAUGAGCUGGUCACCGUCCCUCCCAACCCAGACAUGUGGGGCCUGGGAAAUGAAAGAACGACUCGGGACCGGGGGAUUUGGAAAUGUCAUCCGAUGGCACAAUCAGGCAACAGGCGAACAGAUUGCCAUCAAGCAGUGCCGACAGGAGCUCAGCCCGAAAAACAGAGAUCGCUGGUGCCUAGAGAUCCAGAUCAUGAGAAGGCUGAACCAUCCCAAUGUGGUGGCUGCCCGGGAUGUCCCAGAAGGGAUGCAGAACUUGGCACCCAAUGAUUUGCCUCUACUGGCCAUGGAGUACUGCCAAGGAGGAGAUCUCCGACGGUACUUGAACCAGUUCGAGAACUGCUGUGGCCUGCGGGAAGGAGCCAUCCUUACCCUGUUGAGUGACAUCGCGUCGGCACUUAGAUACCUUCAUGAGAACAGGAUCAUCCAUCGGGAUCUGAAGCCAGAAAACAUCGUUCUGCAGCAAGGAGAACAGCGAUUAAUACACAAGAUUAUUGAUCUAGGAUAUGCCAAGGAGCUUGAUCAGGGCAGCCUGUGCACUUCCUUUGUGGGGACUCUGCAGUACCUGGCUCCAGAGCUGCUGGAGCAGCAGAAGUACACAGUGACUGUUGACUACUGGAGCUUCGGCACCCUGGCCUUUGAGUGCAUCACUGGCUUCCGGCCCUUUCUUCCUAACUGGCAACCCGUGCAGUGGCAUUCCAAAGUCCGGCAGAAGAGUGAAGUGGACAUUGUUGUCAGUGAAGAUUUGAACGGAGCAGUGAAGUUUUCCAGCUCUUUACCCUUCCCCAAUAAUCUUAACAGUGUCCUGGCUGAACGUCUGGAGAAAUGGCUGCAGCUGAUGCUCAUGUGGCACCCUCGACAAAGGGGCACGGAUCCUCAGUACGGCCCGAAUGGCUGUUUCCGAGCCCUGGAUGACAUCCUGAACUUGAAGCUGGUUCAUAUCUUGAACAUGGUCACAGGCACCGUUCACACGUACCCUGUGACGGAGGACGAGAGUCUGCAGAGCUUAAAAAGCAGAAUCCGGGAGGACACGGGGAUCCUGGAGAACGACCAGGAGCUGCUGCAAGAGGCAGGGCUGGUGCUGCUCCCGGACAAGCCUGCGACUCAGUGCAUCUCAGACAGCAAGCCAAAUGAGGGUGUCACACUGGACAUGGAUCUUGUUUUUCUCUUUGACAACAGUAAAAUCACGUACGAGACUCAGAUCACCCCCCGACCCCAACCUGAAAGUGUCAGCUGUAUCCUUCAGGAGCCCAAGCGGAACCUCUCUUUCUUCCAGCUGAGGAAAGUGUGGGGCCAAGUCUGGCACAGCAUCCGAACGCUGAAGGAAGACGGCAACCGUCUGCAACAGGGACAACGAGCUGCCAUGAUGAAUCUGCUUCGGAACAACAGCUGCCUUUCCAAGAUGAAGAAUGUCAUGGCCUCCAUGGCGCAGCAGCUCAAGGCCAAGUUGGAUUUCUUUAAAACCAGCAUCCAGAUUGACCUGGAGAAGUACAAAGAGCAGACGGAGUUUGGGAUCACAUCGGAAAAGCUGCUGCUGGCGUGGAAGGAAAUGGAGCAGGCGGUGGAGCAGUGUGGGCGGGAGGAUGACGUGAAGCGUCUGGUGGAGAAGAUGAUGGCCCUGCAGACUGACAUUGUGGACUUACAGAGGAGCCCGAUGGGCCGGAAGCAGGGGGGCACCCUGGAUGACCUAGAGGAACAAGCGAGGGAACUCUAUAGAAGACUAAGGGAGAGGCCGAGAGACCAGAGGACGGACGGUGACAGUCAGGAGAUGGUUCGGCUGCUACUUCAGGCAAUCCAAAGCUUCGAGAAGAAAGUGCGAGUGAUUUAUACACAGCUCAGUAAAACCGUGGUCUGUAAGCAGAAGGCCCUGGAAUUGCUGCCCAAGGUGGAAGAGGUGGUGAGCCUUAUGAAUGAGGACGAGAAGACUGUGGUCCGCCUUCAGGAGAAGCGGCAGAAGGAGCUCUGGAACCUCCUGAAGAUCGCCUGUAGCAAAGUCAGAGGUCCAGUCAGUGGAAGCCCAGAUAGCAUGAACGUGUCUCGGCUUAGUCACCCUGGUCAGCUAAUGUCCCAGCCGUGCAGUGCCUGUGACAGCUUACCUGACUCAGCCAAGAAAAGUGGAGAACUGGUGGCUGAAGCCCACGCCCUCUGCACCCGGCUGGAAAGUAUGCUGCAAAGCACCGUGAAGGAGCAGGACCACAGCUUCACGGCACAGAGUUCCAGGAGCUUCAGCUAGUCCAAAGACUCUGGACUGGAGCUGGUUACAGAUGGAGGAUGAAGAAAGGGGUAGCCUGGAGCAGGCCUGUGACUGAGGUUUGCAGGGAUUGGCCCCAUCCCAUGGCUCUGCAUGUGAUGAUGCUCUGGUGGCUGCAGCACCCAGUUGGAAAUCUCACUCUCCCAGCGGCUGUGAUGUUUGCCUCAGCAACCUACCGCUGGCCCCGUCUACACACUGGACAUCCUCUACCACAGAAGCACAAGUACCAGUUACGGGCAUUCACAGCAACAGCGCUUCCUAGCUGCUUCCUCUGCCCUAAGAAGAAAGCGCUGAGUAAUUUGCCACAUGGAGCAUAUGGCAAAUGUCUACCUUGAGUGUUUCCAGACAGCAGCCAGCUGUCCCCCCUUUGGACCGCUGGAGGGAGGGAGACAUGCCCCCCCGCCCAUCCUUUUUCUCACCUUACAGCUCAGGCUUCAUCUGCAUCCAGCCUCUCUUGAACUUCUGAUCAUAAGUCUGACAGUCCUGACUUUCUCCUUCUUUUCACUUCACUGCUGGUAAAUAUUCUUGCUUCCUGUGCGGGUCGUUGUGGCAAACGACCUUUAACUCAGUUGCAGUGAUGCCAAGCUCCCUGCUGUCUCUGGUCCUUUAAGCUACUUCCAGAGCCAGGCAGAAUGGAAAUGCAGCCUACCUUCUCUUCAGUCCCAAAGAUGACCUGGAAUCGGUUGUCAUGGAGAAGAAAGGAAGACAAAGGGCUUGUGCCAUCUGCUACCCUACUAAGCAUUCUCACCAUGCCUCUGUACCUGUCAGGUGUGUGUGCACGAGUGUGCGUGUGCGUGUGUGUAGGAUGGGAUGCUGCUGCCUCUUGCAUUAGCUAGAAGCAUUAUUAAACUGGUUUAUUUUAUACAGAGUUUCUAUAUUUUGUAACAUUACUCAGAUAUAUAUAUUCUAGUUUCAAGUGUGUAUUUCUACAAUAUACCAUCACUAGUUCUUUUGAGCUCAAAAUUCAACACAACAGGAAUUUUUGUAAAAUUGAGUAGAGUAUGUCUAGAUUUGUGAGCCAUUUCAACAAAACUUGCGUGUGUGUGUGUGUGUGUGUGUGUGUGUACACGCAUGUGUAUAAAAGCAAAACAGGCUCAGGUUAUCAUAAACAGGUACAUUUGAUUAGAGAAUAAAAGUUGGAACAGAGAAAUAUCAAAGUGGCCACCGCAGAGACAAUAAUGAAGCAUCGAUGGUCAAGUGAUCAGAAAGGGCUUCGUGCUUUAUUGCUUCUUAGACAGUCAAACUGUACACUGGUAAACUAUUUUUAAACUCAUAAUAAAGAUGCUGGCUUAAGCUUAAUGUAAACUCA